AUGCUUCACAGACCUAGUGAAGCUCUUUCUACUCCAAAACAGACUAAAGGAAAACAAAGGGUGCCUCGCAAUGUUGUACCGAAACAUCAUCUUCAAGUGGUAAGAAGCCACUUUCAAGAUUUAAGUGGCUCGCACAUUACGGAUCUUGUUAGUCCUCCCGUACUAAAGAAAGUAAAGAACAGGGUAUUGCAUGAGAAAUAUGUCAAUCAAUUGCGUUGUAGGGAAUCUAGGAGAAGAGCAGACCUCUACGAAGGUAAUUUUUCUUUAUCCGAAAGUAAACUUCUCAACCCUAUUAAUAUAACAGUUCGAAGAUUAAAUGUUCUAAAACCAAAGAACAUUAUUACCCAGAAGUCAGUUGAAAAGUUGUUACAACGGCAUCUUGAAGGUGAUCUAGACCGUGAAGGGGACAUAUUUUCUGUUCUUGAACCGAACAUAGAUAUCUCCACUAAUGCUUCACAGCCUAGUGAAGCUCUUUCUACUCCAAAACAGCUAAAGGAAAACAAAGGGUGCCUGCAAAGUUGUACCGAAACAUCAUCUUCAAGUGGUAGGAAGCCACUUUCAAGAUUUAGUGGCUCGCACAUUACAGAUCUUGUUAGUCCUUCUGUACUAAAGAAAGUAAAGAACAGGGUAUUGCAUGAGAAAUAUGUCAAUCAAUUGCGCUGUAGGGAAUCUAGUGAAGCACUUGGUGGAUUUGAUGAAGACAUAUUUAAGUUGAUAUAG